AUGACGAACGAUGGGCCCGACGCGCGCGUCCUCGCGACGCGCUCGGGAAACGAGGCGCGAGAGACGACGCGGGCGAGUGGAGUGAAAGAUGGCGCGACGCCGCGGCGACGGGUGUCGUUUAAGACGAUGGAGGGGGAACCGGCGGGGAAAGGGAACGUCGGAUUGGGCGAAGGGACGACGCGAUUGGCGAGGUUGCGCGCGGCGCGGGCGGCGGCGGCGGCGGCGGCGGCGGCGGGCGGGAAGCCGGCGGGUGCGUUUGCGCCGACGACGACGCGCAAGGAGCGAUUGCGAUUGCGGAGAGGGACGGGAAGAGAGAUUUCUUCGCGUCCGUUCGUGAUCAGGGUGAAUAUUCCGGGGAUCAUGAAGCAGAAGAGCUCGAGUGAUAUGGACGUCUCUGGCGGGAGCGAAGCAAACGACUGGCGCGCGGCGACGAGCGUCAUGAGCAUCGUGGAGAUUGGUGAGGACUCGCACGCGAGCGCGGGAAGUGGAAGCGGGAGUGGUGCUUCAAACGUGAAUCCGUUUAAGGUGAACGUGGGUUCGGAGGAUGGACCGAGACCGAUGUUCCGACCGUCCACGGCGCACCUGCGCGCGGGCGAGCAAACUCCGGGCGGUGCCAAGCCGUCUCGGGACUCGACCGCGGGCACGCCGAACGCAGCCGAGGCGCUGGCGAUGAUGAUGCACUCCGAGUAUCCCGAGGGUUUGCCCGAGGAGAUUGCAGGUGUCUCGCACUUCGCCACGACGCAACGCGACGAGCCGCCGCUCGCGGAUUUCCCGGGCGAGGCAGACAUGGAGAUCGGAUACGACGACGUCAUGCCGUACGAUGAUGACGGCUUCGUCGAGCCCGCUGCGCCGCGAAAGCGCACCACGUCAGGGGUGCCGCACAAGCGCCUUCGCGCCGAGAUGGAGCGACGCAAAUCACUCGCGUUGGCUGGCACUCAAACGGUGCAGGGUGGUGUGCGUCGAUCGACGCGCCAGCGCUCCAAGCCGCUUGAGUACUGGCGCGGGGAGACCAAGGUGUAUCAGCGCGUGCACAGUUCUCUACCAACGGUGGCGCAGAUCGAGAGACGAACUGCGAAUCCGAUUUGGCCGCGCAAGACACCCGGGGGACCGUCACAACCGUUCCGCGUGUCGCGACUUCGACCGGCGGAAAUUCUUCGCGACUUCGGUGUGGAUCUCCCCGAUCCAUCGCCCCUGGAUCGUCGAGGUGUACGAUACGGUUUGAUGUCGCCCGCUGAGCAACCGGUAGCGGCAAACUGGGCGGAGAAGUACGGCAUCCACCCGCUCGUGAAACCAGUUCCGCCUGGCCGCGGUGUACCGCUCUUGCGCGAAGAAGACGUCGUUCCGUCGGACGUCGACGAAGUAUCCCGACCGAAGAAGCGAGGACGAAAGCCCAAGGCGGUGAAAGAAGCGGAAGAACGCGCGGCAAACGAGGCGUACAUCGCAUCUGCCGUGGCGGAGAUUAUGAACAACGUCGUCGCCGCCAACACCUCGCCGGAGGACGUCCAAGUCGACGUGGAGGCGGCCGCGACGGUGGAGGCGACAGAGAUCGACGUAGUUGAAGCAGAGGUCGUCGCCAUCGCCGAGUCGGAGGAGAAGGAUGAGGAUGAUCUGGACGAAGAUGAGGCGGAACGCGAGGCGGAGCGACUCGCUGACGAAGCCGUCGCCGAGGUGGAGCGCGAAUUGGCGGCUGAACUCGCGGAGGAGGAGGCUGAGGCGGCAAAAAUCACGAUGGAGCAAGACAUGACGGCGGUUACGGAGGAUGAAGAAAAGGAAGAGCCCGUCCUUGGAGAUGUCGAAGAGGAAGCGGACGCGCGUCAAAGCGCCAAAGCGGAUGCGGAAGAGCCGACGACGUCCGCUGUACCCGCAUUCACUGAAGAAGCAGAAUGCGUGAUCGAUGACGAGGAAGCCAACAUUGAACCCACGACGGUUGUCACAGCCGAAGUGGAAGAGGACGCGAUUGUGCUUCGCGAACUCGACGAAAACGUUGAUGAAGCCAUCGACAUGGAGAUCGACGCGCCGCCAUCCGUCGCAAAACCGACGGUCCAGGAGCCGAUCGAGGGCGUUGAGUCCGAUGUUGACGCAAAUUAG